AUGGCUAAUAUUAUGACUGUUGCCCCUGUGCCGAAGAGCUUGCUUGGCUACCACCGUCAGCUAGCUCCAAAUGCCGCUGUCAAAGUUAGCCCACUGUGUCUUGGUUCUAUGGGUUUUGGAAAUAGCAUGAAAGAUUUGAUGGGAGAGUGUGACAAGGACGCUUCUUUCAAGAUCCUAGACUUCUUUUACGAAAAUGGUGGUAAUUUCAUUGAUACUGCAAAUGUAUAUCAGCACGGCGAGUCGGAGCAAAUCAUUGGCGAGUGGAUGAAGAUGCGAGAAAAUCGUGACGAGAUAGUUUUAGCAACUAAAUACAGCUCUGCCUGGCAGCUAGCGAACCCCAAAGUCAAAAUUCAGUCUAACUUUGGCGGUAAUAACAGAAAGGCCCUGCUUGUAGCUUUUGAGGCGAGUCUGGCAAAUUUACAGACAGGCUACGUGGAUAUCUUUUAUGUGCAUACUUGGGACUUUACCACCAGCCUCGCGGAGCUCAUGCACACCCUGCACGACCUUGUAUCGUCUGGAAAGGUGCUCUACCUUGGAGUGUCAAACACUCCAGCUUGGAUUGUUUCAAAAGCGAACGAAUAUGCGCGGCAACAAGGAUUAACUCCUUUCUCGGUCUAUCAAGGCCAAUGGUCCGCCGCCGAACGUGACGUUGAGCGUGAUAUCAUACCAAUGUGUAAUGAUGAGGGCAUGGCCUUUAUGCCUUACGGUGUUCUGGGAUCUGGAUACUUUCGAACAUCCGCUCAACGAGCAGAAGAGAAGCAGAAUCCAGCAGCAAAGCGAGAAGGCCGCAAUAUCGCUUUUAUUGAUAAGCCCGAAAAGGCCAUCGCUGCGGAUACCCUGGACGUCAUAGCUAAAGCUCGAGGCACCAAUAUCACGAGCAUUGCAUUAGCAUGGGCAAGGUCCAAACAGCCUUGGGUUUUUCCAGUCAUCGGAGGCAGGAAAAUCGAACAUUUGAAAGCAACCAUUGAUGCGUUGAGUAUCUCACUUACGGAGGAGGAGAUACAAAAGAUAGAGAAUGCUUUGCCUUUUGAUUUGGGGUACCCUCAGACGAUUCUUGGUGGACCAGGUGGUGCAACAAAGCCUGCAGAUGUCUGGCUGACCAAGCGGUUUGGACAUUUCGACUGGGUUUCGACACCACAGGCACCGAAGUCACAUCAGAAGUAA